AACGGAUAUACGAGCCGGACGUAAAAGCUUCCUUUACUGACCCCUACUCAGCGUGAUUCUAAAUUUCUUGGCUGCCAAGCAACAAAUAUGUUCCGUUUAAUUUUAUCGUCUAAACAAAAAACAAUUGCAUACUGUUUUGAAAGCUAUGAGUUCUGUUAAAAUAAAAGUCUAGAUUUGGUCAACUCAGAAUUAGGCAGUAUGAGCGAGAGCUCGAAAAAAUUAUGUGCAGACUGUGGUAAGACAAUGAUUGGCGAAAAAGAAUUGAGUUUGAUGCAAGAAGUGUUAUUUCAGCCAUUUAUUCAUAGUGGAGAGUUGGUGCUGGAAGUUGAGUGUGGAUCAAAUGUAGGAUGGUUAUUUAUUUCUCGAUUGUGCCAAGGAUCGAAAGGUGCUUCUAUUUGGUUUCAAAAUGUUUGGCUUACGCCGAAUGAAUUUCAAUACAUAAGUGGCCGAGAGACUGCUAAAGAUUGGAAACGUAGUAUACGACACAGAGGAAGAAGUUUAAAGUUGUUAAUGGCGAAAGGAUUUUUCGAUUUUCAUCCUUCAAUAUGCGUUUGCAAAGGCAUGGUUACCAAAGUGAAUAGAGUGAAGCUUUCCGAAAAAUGGACUCUCAUAUCACCAGAUCAAAAUCAUAUUACCACAAAUGAGCCUUCAAAGCAACACUCAUGUGAAAACCGACAAUAUGUUGCUGAGAAUUUUGAUUAUGUUUCAAUACCACCAAGGAAGUUAACUUGUGGGAAGUCGGAUGAGCAGUGCAACACUGAAGGAGCUAUCAUUGAAUCUGAUGAAAACAUGGACAGUGGUCGUAAACAAAGUUCCGAAACAAAGCAUUGCAUAAGUCCAGAACCAAAGAAAGAAAGUCGAUUAACCUCCAUCAUCGAUCAGCUAAGAAAUAGUAAAACAAAGGAUGCUACUUUGCCUGAUAUAAAAAAUAAACAAAGUGAUACAAAUUCUACAUUGUCAGUGAAGAAUCAAAUUGAAGAAAAAGAAAAAGACAUUAUUGUUGGUGACAUCAGAUCUCGACCUGAAGGUGGUGCAGCCACACCCAGGGGUCCUCAGUCACCCUCUUGGAGUCACUGCGACAUGCCGACGGACGCAGCUCUAGCAGCAGCCUCGUCCAACGCCGGACACAACAACAACGCUACACCGAAGACUGACCGGGGCACUCCCGAGCCGGAGUCAUCUUCCUCACCGUCCAUUUCACCGCACUCACCAAGUCCAGCUCGUGCUUUCCCAUCUCUUUUGGUUCCUGGUUUUGGACUUGCCGGACUUCGGGUUAGCUCUACUGCCCCAUUCUCACCCCCUCCCGGACUUGAGAGGUUUUCACCUGCUACAGGCAAUCCGGCCAUCAAACAGAUGGAAAUGAUGACAAGAAACUACAGUGACUUCAUGCGGUCUCUUGCCGCCAAAUAUAAUCAGAACAAUACGCAAGACAGUUUUCCAACACCACAAAGCAAUGGUAUUGUCCGGGGAUUUGACUCAUCAUUUUCUUAUAAGUCAGGAUCGCCUUUUCUUGUAAGAAAUGUGGACUCUGAUGGAAAUGGUAGUAGUUUAACAACAGGGUUAAAUAGGAAAUUAGACAAUCAAAGCUCACCAACACCAGCUGAGACUAGAAACAGUAACAACAAUAACGUCAACAGCAGCAAUCCAGUGCUAAGUAGUGGCAGUAUUUCUGAUUUCUCAUCCUCUCAAACACUAUUAAAUCUAGUUCGAACUGCUAGUGCUCAAAGUGCCUCACAAUUGGAAAACUAUUUAAAAGGAGCUGUAAAAAGAAGUGCUGACGGUGAAAGUCGACUAGAUCCUUUAGAUUUAACUGUUGGUGGAACUGCUCUUAAAAGACCAAAAUUUGAAGCCGGUAGUGUGCGUGAUUUAAGAAACUGUCGGGACUUUUUUCACUCUGAAACAGAAACAUCAAUUUCUAGUGGCAAUGAUGGACAUGGAAGUAUUAGGACACUACCUGCUAGUGGUACAAAACCUUCAUGGAUGUCUUUGUUAGACAAACGUAUGCAUGCAUCUCCUACAUCUUCUUCUAGGACUUCACCUAAAAUUCAAAACUCUGAUCAACGAUCGCGUUGUGUCUCACUUUGUGUUGAAAAAUCAUGUUCAUCACAGUCUGAAGCUAGUGAUCUUUCUCAUUGGACAGUAGAUGAUGUAGUAAAAUUUGUAUCUUCAGUUGAAACCUGUAGUGAAUAUGCUGAGAAAUUCCGUGAAGAGUCAAUAGAUGGUUCUACGUUACCUUUGCUAACCGAAGAUCAUUUGAUGAUGCAUCUAGGUUUGAAGUUAGGACCUGCGCUGAAACUUCGAUCGACGCUUGCAAGAAGAAUUGGACAUUGUGCUGUGUGCAUGCAUUGCGUGCAUUGUCAUGGUGAUGAAAAUACAGAUGUUCGAUCUUCACGAUCGCCGACAGUUAGUAAAUGACAUUCAUUUAACGUCUACUUAAAUGACUUCUUCGGUCACUGCUGCACCAGAAAAAACUUAUUGCUACAAUUGCAAAAGCUUUGGUGAAACAGCAUUCAAUCCAAAAAGAAUUAUUCCUUGAUUGAACACCAAACCUUUGUAUAAUGCUGUGCGUUAAUACUUAGGUGAAAGACUGGAAGUUAAACUAGUUUCAGAUAAUCAUUCAGCUUUGUCGUAGAAGAUUUGAAACUAUUGAUGACUAAGUGCAAUGACAUAUUUUAGUUAAUUUAUGUGUUGAAUUUAUAGCUCAUUAUUUUGAUUAUAGAGGCUAUUUUACGUUGAUUUUCGCUCAAGCUGCUUUGGGCAGUGGAAAAUACUAAAAUAUUUUAUUUUAUAUUUCAAAGUCGUUCGCGUAACGUGAUAAGAAAAAUAGAUGAUUUGUUGUUUUUGUUUAUUUUGAUUUUCUUUAUUAAAUUCAAUGAAAUCAUUUAGUAACUGAGACAAUAAGUUCUUUUGUUUAUAAUUUUUGUGUUGAAAUUAAAUGUGAACACAAAUUAGUUAAACUAUUUCUAUUUAUAACUAUAUUUUCAGUUUAGAUGUACUAAUUGAUAACUCCAUAUUUUUCACAAUUUGCGCAUUUUCCACCGAUUUUAAUACAUAAGACAAUCAUUAAUACUUUUCCAACUAAUAUUGUUGAUGUAUCUUAAUUUCCUCGUGUUCUGUAUAAAAAAAAACUUAACUGAUAAUAAUUGCUCUUAAAAUAUAUUAACUACUGCUUUAGUGUUUGCUUAUCGUUACUGUUAUAAAUAAAUUUAAUACGUAGUCUACUAAUAUUAUUUUUAAUACAGUGAAAUCAUAUCCUAUGAGUGAGGAAAGAAAUCAAAGAGAGAAAGAAUAUUAAGCACCAGAAAACGUUUUUAUUAACUUAGUUAACUUGACCGAGAAGGAAAAAUUUCAAAACGUCAAGUUUAGAAUGGAUUGAAUCAUGAUAUCAUUCAAGUUUAGCUCAUUAUCGUUCGAAUAAAACCUUAUUAAAUUUGAUACUACAGUUCAACUUGAAUAAAUGCAAGGUUCUUUAUUAAAGUUGCCGCAAAUAUGUUUCUAAGUACCGUGGGGAUCAUUAAUUCUCUUAAUUCAAACCUGUACCAAUCGUUGGUAAAUCUAAAAUAUUUUGAAAAGCAUUCUCUGUUGCUUAAUUUUGAAUCAAUAUUUAACAGAGAGAUUUUUUUUUAAAGAAAGGAAGUUUGAUUUGAAAUUAUUUUCAGUUUUCUUAAGCGCACUUUAAGUCACCUGUAAUAUUUUCUGAAGUAUCCAAUACUUGCAACGUUUAAUACAAUAUCUGCUGUCUUAAAAAUAAAUCAACAAUAUCCAACAUUCAUCAAAAAUAAAUCAACAAUAUCCAACAUUCAUAAAAAAUAAAUCAACAAUAUCCAACAUUCAUCAAAAAUAAAUCAACAAUAUCCAACAUUCAUCAAUUUAAAUAUAUUCACAUUUGUAAUGUUUUAAAUUUUAGCUAAAAUUUACAAAAUCAAGGUUACUGUAAUCUCAUACAUCAAGAUGCAUAAAGUUGAUUAAAGAAAAGCAUUGAUCAAAUUCUUCGCUUUCUUCUGUUUAACCUAACCAUUCUUUGUUGAACUCUUCUUUUAAAUGUAUUUUAAUUUUAUAAACAAACCACAUUUUAAAUAUAAAAGAAUAAUCACAUCCGAAAGUGAAACUGAAAUAAAAGGAACAAAAGCUGAGGACCGUGGGUUUUUCAAAAGAAAAACCCGUUCUUAUACGCGACACAAACGCCUAUUACAAAAGGUACCCACUUUUCUCAGACGCUUGUAAUUUAAGUGUAUCAAGAAAACACGGUAGGCGGUGCUGGGGUCACAUGCCAUGAGUACCCUCUAAGGGUGGAGUAGUCACAGUUUCCACCUAGGGUCGGCAAUGUCCUGCUGCAAUUUGCAAAGAUCACAUCGACGCUCCUGUUCGCGCACCACGACGUUCAAGGACGCUCCCGUUCACGCAAGAUUCUGAAUGAGAACGGCUAUAUCCUUCUUUUCGCCCACGCCUCUGCACCUGGUCCUGCAAAAUGUCUUUUAUCUGUGGUUUGACCACCCUUUGAUGGAUGCUGAAAUGCAGCCUACUAGGUCAAAGGUUGCUUCAUUUCUCAAUAUGCAUUUUCAGAACCGCACCCCACAUCUCUGUACAUUACAAGCUAAAUACGAGUCUAUACAGAUUACUCGACAGUAUAUUGUACAAAUUUAUAGAAAGAUAAAUGUAGUGCUGAAUUAUUUUUAUACAAAUAUCUAUUUUUACAUGUCAGAAUAAUUUCUUAUGUAAGAAUGGUUUCUUGUAGUAAAAUCAAGUAAAAUAUGAAAAUAGCUUUAAAUUUCUUUGUAUCAACUGAAUUUUACUGAAUAAAAAAUAUGUUUUGAAGCAUAAUACAUUGUUUUACAUUUCUACGAAAUUAAGACAGAAAACAUGUAUAUUGACUAACAUAAAAUAUCUAAUUUGUAUUAUUUAUUUUCCUCACUAUUCAUUGUUUUUAGUUAUGUUUCGCACAAAAUAAUUAAUUCGUUAAAAGUAUUUCUUUUGGGAUCUUGAAAGUGAAAGUUUUGUUGGUUUUAUUUUCUCUAAAACUCUAUUUUGACAUUGUUUAUUAGUUUUAAAUUUACAUAACUUUACUUUUUAAUAACGAUUAUCCGCUAACUUUUUUUAAAUUGUUUAAUUUAUAUUUAGAUUUAUUAUUAUAAUGAGCAACAAUAAGAGAAGAAUUAAAUCUUUUAAAAAUAUUUUUCUUUCUGAUUAAAAAAUGAUUAAUUAUCAAAGCAUUUUAUUUUAUUCUGUUGGUAUUUUUAAAUUUUUAUGUCCUACACACUGUAAAAAAUGUUGGUGGAUACUCUUACAGAAUUACCAGCUUACAUAAAAACGUUAAUACCAGUUUAACCGUUAAUACCAGUUUAAAAAACGGAAUUACCAGUUUACAAAUAAACGUUUCUUGCUAAAAUGCAUUCCUUUAACCGAAACGCAAUUUGAAAGGAGAAAAAGUUCAUUUUCUUUUAUUUCCUAUUGAGCUUCUAGAAAUAAUUUAUAGAUAUCACUAUGAGAGAUUUUGAAAAAAUGAUUUGUUUAUUUUAAAAACAAUUAUGGCGCCAUGAUAUGUAUAUUUAAAUAUAUAUAUAUAUAUAUAUAAUACCAGUUUUUGUUCUAUUUUUAAAAGGAUUGUAAAUAUAGAUGUAAAUUGUGAAAUCAAUUUUCAAACCUGUGAUUGUUAUUUUUUUUAAAAAUUAUGCUUAUAUUUUUAAAAUAUAGAUAUUUUAUUUAUUAAUACCAAAUUGUUUUCAUUCGAAUUUUUAUUUUCUUGUAUAUUUUGUGCAAUUCAAAAUUAUUUUCCUAUGUUUUGUGAAGAUUUCCAAUAUUCAAUAAUGUAUACGAGGUCUUUGGUUUAUAUAACAGUUUAAUUCGUUUUCCGAAGGUCUAUCACAAGAUUUUCAAGAACAGGUCCUUCUUUUUUUUUCCAAAAAAUGUAUGAUUAAAAAAGUAAGAUUAAUUAAAUAACCACUUUUACUUUUGCUUUUUGCACCAUUACUUUUGUUUCAUUUUUACUACGUUUAUCCAUUUACUUCUACGCUAGCUGCUCUGAAAUAGUAGUUAAAAAUAUAAUUUGAUGAUAAAAACUUUAGUUCAAGGAUAGGGAAGAACUUGAUAGUAAAGAAAAAAUAAAAGUUGGAAAAUUAUAAAUUCAAAGUUUACGAAAAAUAACAAUAAUAAUAAUAAUAAAAGUCUUACAAUUUGCAUUUAACAAUUGAGAUCUUAUUCCUCGAAGAGGAAGUUUAUAAAAAAUAAAAAAAAUAAGUCUUUUAUACUUCAUAAAUUAUUAUCAUAUUAUAAACUAUUAGUAAUAUAAACUAUCAUUAUUCAAACUAAAAUAUAUAUUUUUAAUAUUUUUAAAUGUUUAUAGAUGGAAAUUAACAUUUUUUUUAUUUAUUGAUAUCUGUAAUUCUCAUGCAUUAAGCCCAGCGAUUUCAUAAAAUUGACACAAUGUAAUCGAAGAGAAACUAAUGACAGCUACCUUAUUAAAUGAAUUCAAGAAAUGAAAAUAUUUUUUUAUUAUUUUUUUUAAAAGUAAAGUUUGAUUCUAAUAUAAGGUAUACAAAUAAAUUUAAAUACUGAAAGAAUUUUUCAUUUAAAUUGCACAAAAAUGUUAAGGAAUAGAUUUCAGAAAUUAAAAAACGUUAAUUUUAAACGAAAGUAAAAUUCACUUGUUUUCAAACCAAAUGAUUCAUAACAUCCUAAAGUUUAGUAAUCACAUGUAUUUUUUAUAACAGAAAAAUUACUUUCCAUUUAUGGAAACAAUACUUUAUUAAUCUGUGAAAGUUCUACUGAUUAUUAAUAUAUAAACAAUUAAUUUUAUUUACCAUUUUUUGUAUGUUAAAAUUGGUAGACAUACAUUCAAUGUACUUACAGUAGUUCUUUAAUAUAUUAUUUUUAAUGGAUCUUGACUAUUUAUGAAGUUAUUUAGGACAGAGCUUUUUGUAAAUUAAUUUUGAAAUUAAUCUAAACAAAAAAUUUUCUUUCAUGUAAAAAUCUUAUACCGGUUUGCCUUAUUUUUAUGAGUUAGUUUUAGUUUCACCCAAAGAUAUGUAUGUUGAAAGAAAUAGACAGUUACUGUCUACUUGUGAUAAAUACUUUGUGUAUAUGUUUGUUAAACAAUUCUGCUUUUCUUUAAAAAAAAAUCAUAUUUGAUGACGUAAUAUAUGCUUUUAAAUAGUUGGACUAUAUAUGUUCACUAUUUUCUCAUUGUAUAUAUUAAUGUAAAUUUCUUUACAAAGAAUGGGUAUGAAAUAAAGGAAAUUCUAAAUAA